AUGCUCGCUCAUUACCUAUCGUUCGUUACGGCCGCCUCGGCAGCGCUCACCUACAAGGGGGCGGAUUGGUCCUCCGUAACUGUCGAAGAAAAUUCGGGCGUCUCAUACUCGACGUCCAGUGGCACCACGCAGUCCCUCGAGAAGAUCCUCGCCUCGGCUGGUGUCAACACGGUUCGCCAGCGCAUCUGGGUGAACCCUUCUGACGGCAACUACGACCUCGACUACAACCUCGCUCUGGCCAAGAGGGCAGAUGCUGCAGGGCUCGGCGUCUACCUCGACUUGCACUUCAGCGAUACCUGGGCAGAUACUGGGAACCAGGCGAUCCCCUCGGGAUGGCCUACAGACCUGGACGACUUGUCCUGGCAGCUAUAUAAUUAUACCAAUGACUUGUCCAACCAGUUUGCCUCGGCGGGCAUUACGCCAAAGAUCAUUUCUAUUGGCAACGAAAUCGGCAAUGGUCUGCUCUUCCCAACGGGCAAGUACAGUGACUCGGCUUCAUUUGAAAAUAUUGCAUCGCUCCUUCACAGCGCGGCAUGGGGCAUCAAGGAUUCGGACCUGGGAUCAGCGCCCCAGAUCAUGAUACACAUUGCGAACGGCUGGGACUGGGACACAUUGGAGUGGUACUUCUCGGGAAUCCUGGGCGCAGGCGAGCUCGAGACGGCCGACUUCGAUAUCAUCGGCGUGUCGUACUACCCAUUCUAUAACUCCGAUGCCACGUUGGCCAACCUCAAGACGUCCCUUGGCAAUGCUGCAUCGAAAUGGGGCAAGGGCCUCAUCGUUGCUGAGACGAACUGGCCGACGUCGUGCCCCAGCCCAGAGUUCGCAUUCCCAUCCGACACAACCGACAUUCCAUUUUCAGCCGAGGGGCAGUCCACCUGGCUCAAGGACGUUGCCGAUGUGGUGGCUGGAGUCGACGACGGCCUCGGGGUGUUCUACUGGGAGCCUGCAUGGCUCGACAAUGCGGCGCUGGGCAGCUCGUGCGAGUUCAACACCAUGUUCUCUUCCUCCGGCGAGGCCCUUUCGAGCCUGUCGGCAUUUUCAAGCCUGUAG